AUGCGUUUAGCUCCGUCUGCAUUCUUGCUAUCAAGACGGAACUUUGAAGGCUAUAUUCCUCGUAGCUGCUCCAGUUCAUCGCUCCAGAUCUAUAGCCGGUCAUCUCUGUUAAAUCUAUCACCAUCUUCAGCUCUCACGGGGUCCUCCCAGCUCACCUCCUCUGACGUGGCCCAACGUUCAGAGGAAUGGUUUGCUCUUCGCAAGGACAAGCUCACCACGAGCACCUUUAGUACUGCUUUGGGUUUCUGGGCUGGCAACAGAAGAGCGGAGCUGUGGAAUGAGAAAGUCUUUGGAGCAACAGAGAUCAAGCUGGCGGAUACUGCUAGGUCUGCCAUGGACUGGGGGACGCAUCAUGAAAGCGUAGCCAUAGAGCAGUACACAAGCAUCACAGGAAGACUGGUGGGCACCCUUGGCUUCGCGGUGCACACCGAGGCCAACUCCGGAUGGCUCGGAGCUUCGCCUGACGGAGUCCUUGGGUGCGAACCGGACGGCGGGAUCCUGGAAGUCAAGUGUCCGUUCAACAAGGGCAAGCCCGAGCUCGCUCUGCCUUGGCGUGCCAUGCCGUACUACUACAUGCCACAGGUGCAGGGCCUGAUGGAAAUCAUGGGCAGGGACUGGGUGGAACUCUACUGCUGGACACCCAACGGGAGCAGCCUGUUCCGGGUGCCGCGGGACCGCGCAUACUGGGAGCUCAUCCACGAGGUGCUGCGCGACUUCUGGUGGGGCAACGUGAUGCCCUCGCGGGAGCUGGCGCUCUUGGGGAAGGAAGACGAGGCGAGAUCCUUCGAGCCUCAGCCCAAGCACCGGCUCACGAACCUGGUGCUGUAUAGGAGCAGGAAGCUGGCCUCCGAGGCCAAGCUAUUGUGUAUUGAUGUUGGCGGCCAUGUAGAAUUCUUCAAAUGA